GGUCCAGCAUCUUGUGGCUGCGUCGCUACCCAGGCCGCCACUGGAUGCGGUGGAUGGAGAGGAACUUCGACUUCCAGAAGAUGGCCAUGAUGGGUAUUCCCGAGAUGCACAUCGACCCAACGAAGAACCGCUGGCGGUACUACGUGGACACGAGCUACUACGGGGGCAUGCUCGACAAGGCCCACGAGGACUUCUACCGGUACGUCAUGCUCUACCCCGCUCUGGCGUACUUCUUCUUUUUCGUCUGGGCGCGUAUCAAGGAUUCUACUGUUGCGCUACUCUGCGGUCGAAUGCUUCUCCCGCGGGUGCUGAUAUAGGAUGCGCAAACCGAAGGCAGCAGGGCUAUCUGACAGGGUCAAGGAAGGAUUGCAGCAUGGUCCAUGGACGGCUGAGGUUGAGCUGGGGAUAGUGAUAUGUAGGGUCAUGCGAAAUCUGCAGUCGUGCAGCACAUUCCCGGGUUCAGAUCUCGUACACACAGUGCCCCGC